CUUUCGCGCCUUGAAGUUUUGAGAUUCCCGCGUCGAAAAUAAUCAGACAAGACAAAAUGCUGAGCAAGAGGAUCAUCGUAGCCAUGGCUCUGUUGGUAGCUGUUAUAUGCAUUGCUGAGGGACGUGAGGAGGGCCCCCAUAGCAUGGCUGAGGCCCUCCGUGUGCUGCAGGACUUGGAUCGCUACUACACGCAGGCCGCUAGACCAAGGAUUGACCGCCGCGACGUAGCGGCUAUGGACCGUGUCGACCCAGACUUGUUAGAUCGCGCUGUGCGGCUCCUUCAGCUGCAGAAACUUGACCGCAUUUACUCCUACCACACGCGACCAAGGUUUGGUAAGCGCUCGGAGACAUACUCAAACUGGGCUAAGGACCUCGAAAAACCGGACAUACCAGCGUGGUUGGCGUACGCUCGGAGGAGAUGAGAGACGCAAGCGAACCACGCCAACAGCCUAACACCCUUGCGGAACUUUUAAUUGCCAAUCUACUCUGCUAUGAAGACCUUCAUUUUAUCAUUGAUAACAUUAGUCUUCACUUUAUUUAUAACGUUUCUAAUUUGUGUUAUACUUCGUGUUUCUAGACUAUGUAUAUUGUUAUUAAUGUACGAACAUUAUCAACCUAAUGUUAUGGAAU